GCUUAAUAAAAAAUAAGUAUAAUAAGUUAUUCUCCCAUCACAAAAAUGUUUUUCCCCACGCUUAUUAACGAUUUCGGUUAUUCGAUACGAAGUGUUUUAUUUUUCGCAGUUUUUUUUUGUGCUAUAGAGUACCUAUAUAAUUGGCUAUUUGCAUGUAAUCUCGUAUCAAUAAAACGUCAAGGUUUAUGCGGAUGAAUUUGCAUGAAGUUUAUGCGCGAAGGAACACGUGCAGAGCUGCGAUUGCGCUUAACUGCAUUGUUUAUAUGUAUACAAUAUAUGAUUGGUAUGGUUUUUUUAUAGACAAUUGUUAUUUGCGACUUAUAUCAUACUGAUUUAUCUCGAUCUGUGACUUACGGAGAUGGAUAGCUGAUAUAGAAAACGAAAACGGCGAAAAGCGCUCGCUCGGAGAGAUCUGCAUUUAUUUUCCGAUAUUCAUUUCGCACAAAUAGGGGAAUUUCCAGUGAAGAUACUGAAUCACUCGUGACACCGAAAUUGCCGCGAGUGGGGUGUAUUAUAUUCUCGAUGACGGGAUUUUAGUCUUCUUUUUGUUUCUUUUUAUAACGACCUAACCUGGAUGUGUCAGCUGAGCACGAUCGCGCUGGCUCAGAUGACGUAUCUCUUGUGGCAUUCCCGUUGUUUGUCGAGCGAGAGGUUUCCAAGAAACGAGAUCGGUACGAUGAACGUGCAAACGAGGCAUCCCUACGAGGGUCUGUUGCACAAAUACACGAAUGCUAUGAAGGGUUGGCAGUAUCGUUGGUUCAUCCUGAGCCCGGAGACUGGCGAAUUGCAUUACUUUCUCAGUGAAUCUGAAAAGAAUCAGAGGCCACGGUGUUCGAUAUAUCUAGCAGGUGCUGUGAUAGCCCCCAGUGACGAGGAUUCGAACACAUUCACCGUCAACUCUGCCACAGGUGAUAUGAUCAAACUGCGAGCUACGGAUGCACGAGCACGCCAGGAAUGGGUAGACAAGCUGCGGGCAGUUACGGAGAUGUAUACUAGGGCAAUAGCCAGCAGCCAUCCUCCGUUACCACCACGUGAACAUCCUGGGAAUUCUGGCAGGAAUCCUGUUGUUAAACUAGAAGUGUUAGAUGCCUUUGCUAAUUGCCAAGAACAAUUAAGAAAAGUGGAGAAACAUAAUCUUGCCCUGGCGCAAUCCAUCGAAAAUUCGGAUCUGCAUCUGGACUCAGAUCUCUUGGUUCUCAAAGCUAUGGCGCACACCACCUUGCAUACACUGAGCCAAUGUCUCAAUAUAUUAUAUCAGUAGAAAAUUAACAUUUUUUUAUGCUUGUCUAUGUGAAUAUCGAUCUUUUAUAUUCGCAAAUGCGUAAGAUCGUCACCUUCCCCAUUA